AUGGCCGAUGAUUUGUCCGAUCUGGGUGUUAGUUGGGUGGAGGAGUCAUCGCUGCGUGAAGAUGUUGUGGCUGCUGUAGACGCCCAUGGCGAUAUGGAGAGGGCGGCCGACGAGGCGGAACUUCAGCGCCGUUGGGCCGCAUUGGAAGAGAUGGAAAGAGUAGUGGCGGAGCUGCAGGAACAGUGUGAGUCUGCCAAGCUGCAGGCCGGUGUGGUAGUGCUUGGAGGUGGUGUUGGUGGGGCCGCAGUGGGAGUGGGAGGAGCGGAAGAUAAGAAGAAGAUGGAAAGUGGAGAUGGAGAGGCGGUGUUGCGAUUUCGCCUGGCGAAGGCGCAGAGAGAAGUGGAGAGUCGAGCCACCGCCGUACGCCGUUGGCAGAAAGAGAUGGAAACACGACAGCGACAACGUGCAGAAGCCGCAAGGCGACGAAGGCAGGCGGCGAUGAGUAUGAACAGUACAGCCGCAAGCAGUCGAUCGGUGGUAGGACCUGCAGCCAAUAAAACAACUCCUGCUGGACCUUCAUUAAAUCUGGCGGCCUCAUUAAGUGCCUUAACUCCUGCCGCUUCAGCUGUAACGAUACGAAGUGGUACAUCAACAUCAACAUCAACAACAGCUGCUGCAAGAAGAAGAAGUGAGUCAAAGUAUCCACCAGGUGCCUUUGAUGUCUCAAACAAUAUCACACUCUCUUCCCUCUCUGGAAUCCCAACACUGCCACAGUCUUCUCGUGAUGGGGGUAAUAAUAAUAAUACUACUAGUAAUAAUAAUAGUCAUAGUGGUAUUAGUAGUAGUAGUAGUAGUGGUAGUCUAACAGGGGGAAAGACGUUUACAAGUGUGGCGGAGUACGCAGGAGGGGCUCUUUUACCUUCAUUACACCGUGUUACCCUCUCACGUGCAGAGUUGCGCUCUACCUCGAAAAGGUACGCCGAUGAUGGUGAUAUUGAUGCAUUUCACGCGCGACAAGAGAAACGAAAACGUUUAGAAGAAGUUGCUGCAUGUGUGUCGGCUUCACACCCAACAUUACCCCUCUCUGGUGGAGUAAAAAAGGAAGAGAAUCAAGAUGGAAUAUCUGUUAAAGUAAAACAAGAGAAAAAAAAUGAAGAUGAAUAUGAAGAAGGAAAAACUGGAACUAGUCAUACAGAAGCAAUAGAUGUUGAUGCAAUUAUGGAAGAAUCUGAUGAAAUUGGUGAAAAUAUAUUAAGACAAGUUACUGUAAAUCAAAGUGGUAUCAGCAAUAAUGGAUCUAUUAAAAAGGAAGAACGAGAAAAGUUUGUCUCUCUAGUACCUGGUAUCACAUUAUGUGAAUCUAUUUAUAGUCGUUUACUAGAUCAUCAACGAGAGGGAGUUAAAUGGAUGCUACAACUUCAUGUACAAAAAGUAGGUGGCAUUCUAGGAGAUGAGAUGGGUCUUGGUAAAACGAUACAAGUGGCUGCCAUGUUAAAUGCUUUGCAUAACUCUCAACAAUUACGUGGACCAUGUUUAAUUGUAUCACCCUUAACAGUUCUGCAGCAAUGGGUGAUGGAGAUGCAUAGAUGGGCACCGUAUAUGCGUACAUGUAUUAUGCAUGAGAGUAGUGCCUCUAAAGUGGGUCGUGAAGAACUUAUUGCGUCUAUUAGAGGGACUCCAGCGGUGUUACUAACAACCUAUGCAGGAGUUCGACAACAUUGUCAACUCUUGCAUACUGCAAGAUUUCAAUAUAUUAUUCUUGAUGAAGGACAUAAGAUUAGUAAUCCAGAUACGACAGUAACUCUUGCUGUAAAGUCAUUUCCAACCCCUCAUCGUCUUAUUUUAUCAGGUACACCUAUUCAAAAUACACUGAAAGAACUUUGGUGUUUAUUUGAUUUUGUUAAACCUGGUUUACUUGGUACAAUGACUAAAUUUGUACAGGAAUUUGAAGAACCCAUUAAUGCCAGUAAAGAUCUUCGGGCUUCUUCAUUAGUACUGGCAACUGCGGUAGAAUGUGCACGUGCAUUACAAGAACGUAUCUCACCUUAUUUGUUGCGACGACUUAAACGGCAAGUCAUGAAAGAUGCGUUACCGCAAAAGUAUGAACGUGUAAUACGAUGUCCAUUAAGUGAUGCGCAGUUAGAAGCAUAUGUGGAACUUCUCACUUCACCACGAGUACAACAAUUACUCAGUAGCACUUUAUCCUAUACACAAAUGAUGGGUGCACUUGACCGUGAUGGCCGUGACUCUAGUGGUUCCCUACACACCGCCGGAAGACGUUUUCAAAUGAUGGCAAGACAUCAACAACAACAUAAUGGAAGUGGAAUUCGCCCUGAAACCUUUCGUGUAUUAAAUGAACUUCGACAAAUCUGUAAUCACGUGGAUGUGUUUCGUCUUCGACAAUCCAUCGCUAAUGGUGGCGGAGAUGAUUAUGAUGAUGAUGAUGAUGAUGGUAAUGAUGGGAAUAGUAUGACUACUACCAAUCAUAAUAAUAAUAAUAAUGGUAAUAAUGGUAUGGCUAGUGUAGGGAGACGUCGCCGUGUGUCUCGUCCCUCACUUCGCAGCAAUCUUCCUGUGAAUUACGAUGGUAGUGGAAAACUGCAAACACUCCGUCGUCUUCUCACCGUUUGGCGCCGUGGUGGACAACGUGCGUUAAUCUUUUCACAAACACGUCUAUUACUGGAUGUGUUGGAGAAUAUGUGUGAACAGGAGGGACUUGCCUAUAUACGCUUGGAUGGAUCCACCGGUGGACCACAACGACAGGCACUUAUUCAUCGUUUUAACACCGAUCCCAACGUGACAGCCGCUCUCCUCACCACUCGUGUUGGUGGUGUUGGUGUGAAUUUAACAGGAGCCGAUCGAGUGGUGUUGGUUGAUCCCGAUUGGAAUCCCGUAACGGAUGAACAGGCACGUGAGCGGGCGUGGCGCAUUGGACAAACCCGUGAUGUGGGUGUGUAUAGACUUAUUGCAAGUGGAACAGUUGAAGAGGCGAUACUGCGGCGGCAACUGGCCAAGACGUAUGUAACGGAGAAGGUGUUAAGUAAUCCAACACUGCAGCGGUUCUUUCACCAACAUGAAAACCUCGCAGAGACAUUUUAUCUCGGUGCUGAGUAUGAUAGUCGUAUUCCAGUGGGGAAGAAACAUGUGAUGGUGGCUCAGGAACUCUCUCCACUCCUAGAAAAGGAAGAGGAAGAAGAAGAGGAGGAAGAGGAAGAAGAUAAAGAACAUACAAAUGUGAAUAGAAAUAGUGCUCAUGCGGUACAGGAUAAACCGGAAGUGUGUGUGAAACAAGAAAAGGGCGUAUCGGUCUAUCGAGUGCGACCCCCAAUGCCAAUUAAUAAUAAUAAUAAUAACAACAACAAUAACCCUUCACAUCCCAAUCAUAUUAACAAUAAUAAUAAUCAUCAUCAUCAUCAUCAUAUUAAUAACAAUACCCCCCGUAGACCCACACCCAAACCCAUCAACACACCACCAACAGUGGCUGAGAAGAACAGACGUGUUGGCGGCGGGGCCAAUUGGGCGGAAACGGCGUUACUGCAGGAUCUCGUCGACGGUCAAGAAGUGCGCAUCUCCGGCGACGACGCGGUGGCCCGGCGACUGGCACGACUCUCCGCAACGCAAACAAUGCUGCGAGUCACGAAUACCGUUCGCACAAUGGAACAACAGCAGGCAGAGAUGCGAAUAAAGUUGGAGAAGGGAGAAGAUUAA